GUGGAAAGGAGCAUGGACUGGUGACUCUGUGGGGAAACUUUACGACACGACUCCAACACCACAGCAGGUACAUGCAUGCUGAGGCUUAGUCAACCUGGAUUUCUCAGUGCAAUAGUGAGAAAACCACAAGAGUCAUGCUUUCACAUCGCAGGGGAAGAAGCCUCUCUGAAGCCCUGACCUUGGAGCAGUUAGAGGAGGGAGGGGUGGUCAUUUCCAGUAUCAACAAUGACUCAUCCGGCAAAGGACUAAAGGAAGGGGAUGAAAUUCUGGGGGCAACAAUCAAUUUUGAUCAACUGUCCAAAGAAGAGGUGUUAAAAGUACUGAAGCUGAUGGAGCCAUUUGAUGAUAAAAUUCAAGUCCUCACUCGAAGCAACCGGAGCAAGAGCCUUGACAAUCUGGACCAGUGUAUCAAGGGUCCUGAGGCUAUGUUGACGGAUUCCUACAGCAAACUGUACAACACCAAAAUCAAGAAGUUUUUGAUGGAUGAUGUACCCAGUGUUGAAGGGGGCUACGUGAAUGGGGAGUUUACUGCCAAACCACCUGUACAAAGCUCAUCCAAGGCCAACCAAAGAAAUGACAUGGGGCUGCCUCGCCUUGGAGUUGACUUUGGACUUCUGAAAUCCAAGACUUUAAUCACAGAUGCUAAUGCUGAUUCAGACUCUUAUGAGGGAAGCUUAACAGAUGGCAGCAAUCUGAAUCUUCCACCGCUAGGUCUUGGCUUGAAUGGGACUAAUCUAAGUGAAGCUCAGGUUCCAAGAUUCAAAAUCGGUGCCAGAUGUCCAGAUCUAGACUUACCAGAAGAUCCAAAUGUCAGCACUACAUCUUGUAUGCAAUUGCAAAAUACUGACCACCCAUCAUUUGACAAUGCAAUGCGAAAUCUUGAAAAUCCUCAAAUUGGACUUGAAGUUCCAGAAGUAGAUGUAGGCCUAAAAGGUUCAAACAUUACUACCCCUGAAAUGGGGAUAGACCUUGAUGGCAGAAAUUUCUGUGGUCCAUCUGUUAAUUCCAGCAUUCCCAAAGUGGCCAUUGAAGGAAGAAACCAGGAAUUCAAAAUGCCUACAUUUAAACUGCCAGAUCUGGGCCUCUCAGGAUCUUCUUUUAGUGGUCCAGAAUGUGACGUUAAGCAUGAAGACACACCAGGGAAACUCAGUCUAAAGUAUUCCAAGAGACUGAAAAACCCAGAUCUAAAUUUAGAUGAUUCUUCCAGUUAUGUAAAAUCACCCAAGCUUAGGCUGUCUGGGAUAUCACCUGAUUCAGAGCAAGGAAUGUUGGGUAUUAAUGUAUCAAAACCAGAUAUCAUUGGGACAGACACUGACAUGCCUUUAGGUGAAAUCAAGAUGUCACACAAGAAACCAAGGAUUUCUCUUAAAUCUCCUGAUUUAGAUUUGGACGCUCAAUCUGGCAUGCUCAAAAGUGACGCUGAUGUUAAAACACCUGACCUAAGAUUGAAAACAUCAAAACUAAAAGGUGGCAUGUCUGCACCUGAUGCAAACAUUCCCAAAGCUGACCUUAAGGGUGAAAAUUGGGCCACUGAUGCUCCAUCAGUUAGUAUUAAAGGUUCAUCUGGAAAAUACAGGGCUCCAACGUUUAGAAUGCCCAAAUUUGACUUACCAGUCAUUCAGGUUCCUGGUUUGAAUGGAGACUUGGAUGGACCCGAUGGACAGCUUUCAGGUACACUACCUAAAGGGCCAAAUUUAAAACUAAAUGCACCUGACAUAAAUGUGCCAAAUGUUGACCUCAAAGCACAAAAACUAAAAAUUAAUGCACCAAAAACCAACUUAGACUUUCCAUCAGGCGAUCUCAAAAUGCCAGAACUUCAUGGUCCAGAUUGGGAUGUUAAUGCUCCUUCUGGGAAAUUAAAAAUGCCUAAAUUUAAUCUGUCAGGGACACUGCCUAAAGGACCAAAUUUAGACCUGAACGCAGAUCUGAAUUCCCCAGAUCUUAAUCCAAAAGUUCCAAAGAUAAAGGGUGGAAUUGAUGCCCCUGAUUUGGACUUACCAGACAUGGAUCUGAAAGCUCCCAAAUUAGAUAUGAACACUCCAGGUGUCAACAUUGGCUCACCAAAAGGGAAGCUGAAAUUCCCCAAAAUGAAAAUGCCUAAAUUCAACCUUCCAAGCCUUAAAGGUCCUGGAAUUGAUGGCAACUUGGAUGGUCCAGAUGUGGACAUAAAUGCACCCAAUGUCAACCUCAAAACUCCAAAAGCAGAUCUUGAUCUAGAUAUUUCUGGUCCAUCUGGCAAGUUUAAAAAGCCAAACCUGCAUCUGCCUGAUUUGGGGUUUUCUGGUCCAAAGUUAGAAGGCCCUAACUUGGACCUUAAAACACCUGACCUAGAUAUCUCUGGUCCCAAUUUCAGUNGUGGACUUGAUGCACCUAAUCUACCUUCAUCAAAUAUAGACUUUAAAGGUUCUAAAAAUAGCUUUGAAUUCCCUGAUGUUGACUUUGGUAGCCCUUCAGGGAAAUUUAAAACACCACAUUUGGGAUUUUCUGCACCAAAAACAGAUCUCCCAAAGGUUGACCUCAAUUCACCAGAUGUCAGAGCUAAAGUACCAAAAGGCCCAAAUUUGAAAUUAAAUUCAAAUCUAAAAACUCCAGAUCUGAAUCUCAAAGCUCCAAAGAUGAAAGGUGGACUUGAUGUGACUAAGGUAGACUUACCAAACAUGGAUCUCAAAGCUCCCAACUUGGAAAUGGACACUGCAGAUGUUGACAUUGGUUUGCCUGAGGCAACUUUAGAUGUUACUGGUGCAAAAGGAAAAUUUAAAAUCCCAAGUUUAAAUACACCAGAUCUCAGUAUCUCUGGACCACAGGCAAAAACACCACAUAUGAGACUUUCUGGACCUGGCGUUAGUAUGUCAGAUUUCAAUUUACCUGAUGCCAAUUUUAAGAGUCCCAAGCUCAAUACAAAACACCCUGAUGUAGGGAUUAAUGGUAACAUAGGACAACCUGGGAUGGACUUUAAUGGCCCUCAGUUAAGAGGCAUAAGAGGUCCAGAUGUUGACACAAAUAUUCCCUUAGGAAACAUCCAUGGCCCUCAUGCUGAUCUUAAUUUAGACAGAAAAUUGAAACAACCCUAUUUCAAGCCGCCUCACUUUAGAAGCCCAGAUUUACAUCAAGCAUCUGAUAUUGACUUUGGUGGAGCUUUGAGACCAACAAAUCUUUAUAUGAAUCCUCCAAAUGCAAAACUGAAUAUGAAACAACCCCAGAUGAAGGGACAUAUAUCAAGCCCAAGGGUUAGUGCUCCAAACAUGAACAUGAACAUGCCCAAAGUUGCAAUGCACCCUCCACAGCAGCAUCUGAGAUCUCCAGGUCGUAGUAUUGAUGAUCCUUCAUUGUAUUUUCGAACACCUUCACAUAAACAUCACACACAAGAUAUGUCAAAUCUGACCAUGAAACGUCCUGACCUGGACAUAAAUGGUGAUAUCAGACUUUGUAAUACUGAUAGAAGGUCCCAUAGAACCAAAGUAAGAUCCAGCUUCCCUGAAAUGGAUGGCGUUUUUGACCAACAUAUUGAUUUAAAUCAUUCAGAUCUCAAUAUUGACGACUUUACAGGAAAACAUCAUGUGCUUAGAGCUAGAGGUUCCAACCUUAAUGUCCAGGCUCCACACAGCCAUGGACACGCAAUCUCCCCAUCUGGAGUUAACACUGGCAUGAGGGACCCCAGAAGAAUCCCAUCUGGCCAUAUCAGACACAAUACACGUUUGCCACAAUUUUCUCCAGAUUCCAGAAUGAGAGCAUCUAACACUUCAGAUGGAUACUAUGUGACUGUUUUUCCCAAUCAAGCACGAAAUCAAAAGAUGCCAAAUCGUAAAUAUAACACACUUGGAGGGCUUGACUUUCAUCCAGGAAACUUGGACCUUGAAGUUCCCAAUGAACAUGACCUAAGAGGGUCAACGUUCUUUUUCUCCAACCUUGUAUAGCUUGGACUUGUGUUUCCAUUUUUAGUGUGCUUUUUGUACUGUAGUUAUAUGUUUUAUGUGUGUGUGUGUGUAUAUAUAUAUAUAUAUAUAUAUGUUGU